AUGUCAGCCGAGGCCAACGAGAAGCGGUGCUACAACACGUCAAAAGAUGCUCAAGAAUACUAUCAGAGCGUGGCAUACAAGAUUUUCUUGGAGCAGCGGACGCGAUUGGAGGUGGCCCAACGCGCGGAUAAGGAACCAGAACCGGAAAUUCAAGCGCUUCCUGAACUCGAGCGAGCUGAGGAAAUUCAACAAGCUCAAGGCGUUCAGCAAAUUCCGGAGGCGGAAUCCACGAAGAAUCCGGCGACUCCGGAAUUCCUUGCCAAUCCGGAAAUUCCGGAAACCACCGAAACGCCGGAGGUCCCGGAAUUCAGCCGGGAGCCGGCACCGUACUACCUCAUCUGGGAUUUCGACAAUGUCUCCUUUGGCUGCCCGCCCAAAAUUUUGCAUCACUCGAUGGCGUUGUUCCUCGCCGAACUCUAUGGAGAUGCCGUCAAAUGCUCCGAUCAAGAAGCCGUAAGUUACGGCUUCAACGCCGUCUGCAAGAUGCUCUGCUUCCUCCAGAAAGAAGCCGACAUGGAGAAGUGGUUCCGCGUGCGCGUCGAGCUGCUCCAGGAGUUGAAGAAGUACCAAGAAGACCCCGGAAACCCUGUGGCCCGGCCAGAAGAAGUCCAGUUGUGCCUCAACGUCCUCGACGACCGACUGGAGGCGAUGUGCGGCGCCUAUAUUCGCGCCCCACACGUGACGCUCCCAGCCGAGAAGAUCGAGCCGUUCGGGAAGCUGUCGUGCGGCCUGACCGCCCAGGAGAAUGUUGAUGCUCAGGCGCUGGUGCUGGAGAGUCUGCGGAAAGUGAGGGCUAUGCGGGUCGAGUUCAAGAAGGGCGGGGACGGAGUGGAAAACCAGCAAGCCGAACGAGUCCCGCAACCACAUCAAGACGGUGUUGAAGCCGUUCAGCAGCUGGAGAAUUUCGGGAAGCUCGAUCAACCGGAUCAGCCAGAGGAACAGAUCGAGAAAUCCGAGGAGCUCGAGGAGCUCGAGCAGCUUAAAAAACUCGUAAUUCGAGAAAGGAAGAAGCCCGGAAGAAAGCCGAAGACGAAAUGGAAUGCUACAACCUCA